AUGAACUUACCAAAGCCGGUCUCAACAGCGACCUUAGUGAACCCGCGCGACUCUGAAGCAGCUAGACUCCUCUUACUUCGCGAACACUAUCGCGAGGGAGCAGCACAGCUUCAAAGCCAUGCGAAGGUAUUCCAGUUAAUCGAAGACAACGGCAUAUACAAGGUACAUUUACGGAUGGCGAACGCUGAAGUAGACGCGUUAUCAAAAACACCAAUACUUCUACUUCAGAAGCAUCCGCUCACAAGGCUGAUAAUUCUCGAUUACCAUCAAAAACUCUUUCAUGCGGGCUCAGCCCAUCUUACAGCAGCCUUGCGGAAUGACUACGUCAUACCAAAGAUUCGCCGUCUUGUAAACAGCGUAAUAUCAAAAUGUGUCGUUUGUCGGCGAUUACAA